AUGGCGGUCCAUCUACGCCUGAGUACCAUUCCCGGAUUUGAUGGAAGACCCCCUACCGUGGUUACUUUUGUCACCACGCCGCUGUCUCCAGUGACCCUCACUUCAAUCGCAUCGACAACUGGGCUCACAACUAUUCCUCCUGGUCGCAACGGCGGCCCCCCUACGGUCGUCACUUUCAUGACCCCUCAGUCUGGCCCAGUCACUAUCACUUCUCUUGCUUCUACGACUGGUCUGACAACCGUUUCUCCCGGUCCCAAUGGUGGUCCUCCGACGGUGGUUACUUUUGUCACUACGCCGCUGUCUCCAGUGACCAUCACAUCAGUCGCGUCGACAACUGGGCUCACAACCAUUCCUCCCGGUCCCGAUGGAGGUUCUCCGACGGUGGUUACCUUUGUGACCCCUCAGUCUGGCCCAGUCACGAUCACGUCGCUUGCUUCUACGACUGAUUUGACAACCAUCCCCCCUGGUCCCAACGGAGAUUCUCCUACUGUCGUCACGUUCGUCACUUCGCUUCUCAACUCCCAAAAGACAGUAACAAUCACCUCUACCGCCCUCACUACUGGGUUGGUGACUCUGCCCCCGGGGCCUAAAGGAGGCCCUCUUACUGUUGCCACUUUCGCUCCAGAACCCCCGGGAACGGUGACCAUAACAUCUUUCGCAUCUACCACUGGCCUGAGCACUCUUCAAUCCGGUCCUGAUAGUGGCCCGCCGACUGUGAUUACCUUUGUUACCACACCUUUACCUCCAGUGACGAUAAUCUCACAAGCAUCCACAACGGGGUUGACAACUCUUCUUCCGGGGCCUAACGGCGGUCCACCAACUGUCAUUACCUUUGCAACGGGGCCUCCUCCAGUUACUGUUACGUCUACUGCAUCUACUACUGGCCUCACAACGCUUCCGUUAGGGCCCAACGGGGGACCUGCUACGAUAGUUACCUUCGUUACCGGUCCGCCGGCAGCCAAACUUCCUGUCACCUUGACAUCUACCGCAAGCACUACCGGUCUCACUACUAUUCCACCUGGACCAAAUGGCGGAGCCCCUAUAAUUGUCACAUUCGUGACGGGGCCUCAGCCUGUCACGUUGACCUCGACCAGCAGCGCGACCGGUCUUACGACGCUUUAUCCGGGCCCAGACGGCGGUCCCACGACCGUCAUCACCUUUGCUACCGGUCCUCUUCCAGUCACCUUGACAUCAUUUGGAAGCACAACUGGGCUGAGAACAUUCCCUCCGGGGCCGGGUGGAGGCUCUCCUACCGUUGUUACCUAUGCUAUAACAACCGCGCCUGUGCCAGUCACAAUUACGUCUACGGCCAGCACUACUGGGCUGACAACUCUUCCUGCUGGUCCAAACGGCGGCCCACCAACGGUGGUGACGUUUGCGACUGGUCCUCUUCCAGCCACCUUGACCUCAUUCGGAAGCACAACCGGAUUGACUACGCUACCUCCAGGCCCCAGUGGAGGCCCUCCCACAGUUGUUACUUUCGCUACAACUACCGCACCCAUUCCAGUUACAGUCACUUCCACUGCGAGUACUACAGGUCUCACAACUCUUCCUUCAGGUCCCAACGGCGGUCCGCCAACAGUAGUGACGUUUAUUACUGGCCCGCCUCCGGUUACCCUCACAUUUUUCGGAAGCACAACUGGGUUGACUACAUCCCCCCCGGGUCCAAACGGCGGUCCUCCUACUGUUGUCACCUUUGCUUCAAGCACUGCGCCUAUUCCAAUUACAAUCACCUCAACCGCGAGUACUACUGGCCUCAUCACUAUUCCUGCGGGUCCGAACGGCGGCCCGCCCACCGUUAUUACCUUCACCACCCUACCGCAGCUCACCGCGGUCACUCUAACUUCAACCGCAAGCACCACAGGGCUGACGACUGUUCCUCCUGGUCCUAAUGGCGGACCGCCGACCGUCAUCACCUUCGCCACGGGCCCAGCGCCCGUGACGCUUACUUCUAUGGCCACCACAACUGGCUUGACUACGAUUCCUGGUGGUCCUGGGGGCCCUGAUACAGUUAUCACGUUCAUCACCAGCCCGCAACCAAUCACCAUCACGUCUACCGCCACCACUACUGGUCUCACAACAUUGUCGCCGGGUCCAAAUGGUGGGCCGCCGACGGUUGUCACUUUCGCUACAGGCCCGGCACCAGUGACUAUCACAUCGACUGCUAGUACGACGGGCUUGACUACUAUACCUGGAGGACCGGGCGGCCCCAACACAGUCAUCACCUAUGUGGCGAGUCUUCCACCGGUCACGGUCACGUCUACCGCAACUACCACCGGCCUAACGACUGUGCCCGGGGGUCCUGGGGGUCCACCUACCGUUAUCACCUUUGUUACCGGACCCUCUCCUAUCACCGUGACUUCAAUAUCGACGACGACUGGUCUAAUAACGCUGUCGCCGGGCCCUAACGGUGGACCAAGUACAGUAGUGACUUUUGUCACUGGCAUUCUCCCUGUAACAGUAACUUCAACGGCAUCUACGACAGGUCUAACAACUAUCCCGCCUGGUCUAAAUGGAGGCCCUACUACGGUAGUCACGUUCGUGACAAGACCGGCCCCCGUCACUUUGACAUCUACUGCCUCUACGACGGGCCUGACAACUCUUCCCAUUGGCCCAGGUGGAGGUCCCGAAACAGUAAUCACCUUCGUUACUGGAACUCCGCCUGUAACUCUUACUUCAACAGCAACCACCACGGGUCUCACAACGCUGCCGCCAGGCCCUAACGGCGGACCGACUACUAUAAUAACCUUUAUCACCAGGGAACCAGUGACCGUCAUUACCCUUACGACUAGCUUUAGGCCCAUAGGAACAACCUUUACGACCGGUCUUGUCCAGACGUUCCCUCCAACACCCGGCAUUUCGGUAACCGGCGCCCCACCUUAUUUGCUAACUCUCCUCACUCGGACAGCGAGUACAACCGGCCUUACCACGCUUCCCUAUUAUAUUGGCGACGGAGACGACUUUAUAUCGAUAACAAUAGUUACAUUUGUAACUCCCCCGGCACCAAUCACUGUCACCUCAACCGGAAGUUCAACUGGCCUGACUACAAUUCCUCCCGGACCUGCAGGUGGCACGCCAACCGUAGUGACAUUUGUAACUACAACUCCUCCAGUCACUAUUACCUCAACAGGCAGCACUACAGGGUUGACAACCAUUUCUCCCGGAACGGCCGGCGGACCUCCUACUGUGAUCACGUUCGUGCCUCGUAUCGGGGUCGUCCGUACUCUGACAUCUACCGCCAGUCAGACCGGAGUCACCACUCUGCCUCAAACGGAUCCUGCUGGAACGACAACUGUGGUUACUUUCGUUCCGCAAGCCACAGAGCUUUCAGCCACAGGGCUUUUGACAACCUUAACUUCGACUGGCGCGCAAACAGGCGUCACUACCUUGCCUCAAACAGAUCCUGCUGGAACGACGACUGUGGUUACUUUCGUCCCGCCAGCAACAGGAUUCCUGACGACGCUAGUAUCGACAGGUACGCAGACGGGUGUUACUACCUUACCUCAGACCAACCCAACUGGCACGACUACGAUAGUCAGCUUUAUCCCUCCAGCCAUUGGACUCCUCACGACAGUUGUGUCAACAGGCACGCAGACGGGAGUGACUACACUUCCCCAGCCCGACCCAACGGGCGUCACUACGGUCAUUAGCUUUGUACCUUCAGCCACCGGCUUUAUUACCACGGUAGUUUCAACGGCCACUCAAAUAGGCGUGACAACCCUACCUCAGCCUGAUCCAACUGGAAUUACCACAGUCGUCAGUUUCGUACCUCCAGCCACAGGCUUACUCACCACGCUGGUCUCUACCGCGACUCAGAUGGGAGUGACUACGCUGCCUCAACCCGAUCCAACGGGCGUCACUACGGUCAUUAGCUUUGUACCUCCAGCCACCGGCUUUAUUACAACGGUGGUUUCAACGGCCACUAAGACAGGCGUGACAACCUUACCACAGACUGAUCCAACCGGAAUCACUACAGUCGUUAGCUUCGUUCCUCCAGCCACAGGCUUUAUUACCACAGUCGUUUCAUCUGCAACUCAGUCCGGCGUCACGACCCUACCUCAAACCGACCCAACCGGAAUUACCACUAUUGUCACUUUUGUGCUACUUACCGGUGGCAUUAUAACAGUUAUAUCAACGGCAACUCAGACGGGUAUCACGACGCUUCCCCAACCCGAUCUAACGAGUAUUACAACUAGCGCUUAUACCUAUUUAAAUUAA